CGCGUCGUCGUUCGAUCGACCGAACGACCGCGCUCGACUAGCCGUAGUACGACGAGAGAAGAAGACCGAGACGUCGUCGUUCGUCGCGAUGAGCGCGUCGUUCUCGUCUCUGGACCUCAUGGAGAAGGACGCGCUCAUGGCGCGCGGCGGCGAUCGCGGUCGCGGCGGCGACGACAUCGUCCAGAAAGCGUUCGGCGGGAGUCGCUUCCGCCAGAUCCCCCGCGCGAUCUUCGCGAAGCUCACGCUCCCGGUGAUACUCGUCCUAGGCGUGAUCUGGUACGUCUACUUCGUCGCCGUCCACGGCGUGAUGCGGCCGUGGGUGCUCCACGGCGCGAACAGCACGUCGACGCACGAGUACGCGUUCACGGUCACGACGUGCAUGGCGGUGGUGAUGUACGCGUGCUGCGUGUUCGUGGACCCCGGGAGGGUGCCCGCGCAUUAUCGGCCGAACGACGGAGACGGCGGCGGACCGGGCGGAUUAAACGGAGGCGGCUCGUCGUCGUCGCGUGGGAGGCUGCUCGAGCUUAAACGCAAGGGCGGGUCGCGGUUCUGUAAGAAGUGCAUGACGCACAAGCCCCCGAGGGCGCACCACUGCAGGGUGUGCAACAAGUGCGUGCUGCGGAUGGACCAUCACUGCGUGUGGAUCAACAACUGCGUCGGGCACGGAAAUUACAAGGCUUUUUUUUUGUUCCUCACGUACGUCGCCGUCGCGUGUUGGCACGCGUUCGUCUGCCUCGCGUGGCACGCGUUCGAAGGGUUAGAGGACGACCACGUCGCCGCCGCGCGGAGCCACGGGUGGAUCUUGUUGGAGGUGUCGUGCCUGACGUUGUGCGUCCCGCUCGUCGUCGCGUUGUCGUUGCUGUGGUGCUGGCACGCGUACCUAGUCGUGAACAACAAGACCACGAUCGAGCACUACGAAGGCGUCCGGUCGAGGGUCGUUCCCAGGGACGACGGCGAGGGCGGCGGCGGCGGCGCCGUGAACAUGCCGCCGCUGCAUCCGACGGGCGGCGCUGCGGACGCGGCGCACCCGUACAGUCUGGGCGUCGUCGCGAAUUUGAGGGAAAUUCUCGGGCACCGCGUGUUGUGUUGGCUCGCGCCGUCGUGCGCGAUUUCCGGCGACGGGCUGUCGUUCGCGAACGUCGCGGACGGGCCGCGGUAUCGCAGGGAGGUGAAGAAGAAGGAGACGGAGCUGACGCUGUUGAGUUGA